UAAAAAUUGGGUGAAUGGGGAAAUCGAUCCUAACUACAGUCAGAUUCACAGAGUUCGCAAUAAGACUCUCUUCCGAGAAUCCAACCAAACGGAACAAAGUCUUCGUCAAGAAGAAGACGAGAGAGACGACAAAGCUCGACGGUCACUCCAAUCUCGUCAAGCUGGAGAAGAAGGCGGGAUCGCACUCGGGUUCUAAUCCCGCUCCUCCGGGUUCGGAUCCAAAUCGGGUUCCCCUUGCUCAGGUCGUGGAGGAUUGCGUGAGGCGGUGGUUUCAAGAUACGCUCAAGGAAGCCAAAUCGGGAGACGUUGGUAUGCAGGUCUUGGUUGGGCAGAUGUAUUGCAGUGGCUAUGGGAUCCCUAAAGACGAACACAAGGGUCGUGCUUGGAUUAACAAAGCUUCGAGAACUAGAUCAUCAGCUUGGCAAGUGAGUGAUAAGCCUCCAGGUUAUAAUGCAAGUGAUUCAGAUUCCAAUGAUAAGAAAGAAUGAUGAUGAUGACCUUUUGAAUGUUUGUAAUCCAGUGUCUUUGAUUUGUUAGUUUCUCUCUCCCCCCUCCCUUUGGUUUAAUCUUCUUGCUAUAUUCAUAUUUUGAAGCUUUGUUAUCUCAUUUGAAUGGUUUAUAAGAUGGCUAAGUCAUUAUUAUCUUUGUCAUUGUCAUUAUUACCACGCAAUGAAGUUAUUUAACUGUAGCUGAAUUCACUGUACUAUCCCUAGGUAUUGCCAUUUAUUUAUAGAUCUUUGUGUCCCCCCCCCAAAGCAGAAUCAAAAUUAGUUUUCAUGUUUGCAAAAGAGU